AUGGCUCUCAAAAUCCUAAUUUGCGGUGGAGGCUGUGCUGGUCCAGCACUAGCCUUCUGGCUCGCCCGCAGUGGUCACCAAGUGGUUGUGGUGGAGCGCUAUCCUGUCUUAAGAGCUACAGGUGCUCAAAUCGAUCUACGAGGGCAAGGCAUUGAAGUCGCCAAACGAAUGGGUCUCAUAGACGCCAUACGCAGCAAGCUUGUCGAUGAAGAUGGGGUGGCCUUUGUAGAUUCUGAUGGGAAGAUCCACGCAACCAUUAUGGCCAACAAGACCGGAAAAGGCGCACAGUCUCUGACAUCAGAGUAUGAGAUCAUGCGCGGCGACCUCGUCCGCAUCUUACACGAUGCUACAAAAGACAACGUGAAAUACAUUUUCGGCCAAAUGGUUGAACAUUUCGAACAAGAUGAGAAAGAAGUGAUCGCCCAUUUCUCCGACGGGUCAUCUGAUACAUUUGAUAUCCUUGUCGGUGCGGAUGGACAAGGAUCUCGCAUUCGCAAAGCGAUCCUGUCUCCGGAUUCAGAUCCUUACCUCAGAUUGGGUGUUCACAUGGCCUACUGGUUCAUUCCACGUGCUGAGGGAGACAACAAUAUCCGCAAGACCUAUAGCUGCUCGGGUGGUCGAAUGAUCAUGCGCCGAACGCAUAAUCCGACAGAGAGCCAAGUCUACUUUACACUCCGAGACUCUACUCCAAAUAUCUCGAGUAUUCACAGAGCUUCGAUAGAACGCCAGAAAGAGUUUUGGACUCAGCGAUAUCACGGUUCUGGAUGGCAAACUGAUCGAUUUCUGGAAGGCAUGAAGACUACCCAAAACUGGUAUUGUCAGGAGGUCGUUCAAAUUCGAACCAACACAUGGUCCAAGGGCCGUGUGGUGCUGCUUGGGGAUGCCGCUCACUGCCCUUCGCCGUUUAGUGGCAUGGGAACCAGUGUAUCUCUCGUCGGUGCUUACAUUUUGGCGGGCGAGAUCUGUCGGAGCCCGAAGAAUCUUUCGCAGGCAUUCUCUGAGUAUGACAAGACUUUGCGGCCAUUCGUGGACGAGAUCCAGAAGAUGAACCCUCGUCUUCUGAGAUAUGCUUUGCCUGAAUCGGAUUAUGGAGUUGCAAUUAUACGUUGGAUUGUGUGGUUGAUCUGUUUACUUCAUAUCCCCCAGCUGGUUGCAAGGUAUUCCAGUGAGAACCGGGGUGGAUGGCUUGUUCCAAAUUAUCCAGAGCUUCAGCGAAACGAAGCAAUGAGAUAG